AUGGCAGGCAGCGCCAUAUUACCAAUGAAUCAUGCGACCGAAACAAAGAGCGCAGGAUCAAACAGCUAUACAGCGUCGUCAAUUUCUGGUCCCAGCGGUGGUUACGGCACAACCCACAAUAGUCAGCACAGUGGCGAUGAAACCACAGUAAGCGGGGUCACUUUGCCCACUGUCCUGGUGGAAGAGCCCCCAAAGCCACCACCGCCAGAAAGGAAUGAGUCCUUUUCUAGACGAUCGCCAUCGAGACGGGAAUCCCAUCGAUCUCAAACGAGGCGUGUAUCUCAUAUAAGCGCGGUGGAGGAACCGUCCAGUCGGGAGUUCAGCGGGAGGGGAUCCUCUUCCCGGAGGGAAUCCUUACAUCGGAGUGGCUCUUUUUCAAGAGAAUCCGUGCAACGGAGUGGCUCUUUCUCCAAGAGAUCCCAAUCGAGACGUGGGUCUCAUCGAUCUCAGUCGAGGAGGGGCUCUCAUCGAUCCAAUUCCAAUCGGUCCAACCGGUCGAAACGCCGAAUCGAUGGUGAAUAUUCAUCCUCCUCGUCAGAUUCCAGUACUAGUUCCUGGACGGCAGGAGAAUCCAGGCGUUCCUUAGGGCAAGCCACAGCAUCAUCAUCGUCAGCCAGCACAAUAUUUGAAUCUUUAGGAGAUUCAGAGGAAUCCUCAGACAUGGAAGAAGCUUCUUCCAUUUCUUAUGAAGAAGACGAGGACGAUGAAAUGGACGAUGAUGGGGAUACUGAUGAGGAUUCCGAUGACGAUGGAUCCUUUCCGGUGAUUUCCUUUCCCGAUUCUAACAGUGUAGUCUCCGGCCUGACGACUCUUGAUGUGGAUUUUGAUGUGAGCCGAUUGACGUUAUUGAGGGAUGAGCUGAAUGAAUUGAAACAGAAGGCUGUUGCCGAGGGGGAUGAACUUUCCAAGGAGGAAUUGAUUCGAUGCUUGGAACGUCUUCAGAAUAUUCAGAAAGAUGUCUUGCAAGACGUUGACAUUGAAGAAAAAUCUGUGGCAGGUGAUAUUAAGGAAUCCUUUCGUGUCGGAAAGACAAAAGGAGAAGAAGCUUCAAAGACGUCUGACUUUAGCAGUGAGUGGGAAAGCGAUACCGAAAAGGAACUAGACGUGGCAAAGACAGCCAUGGCCGAGCGCAAGGAAUUGUCGGAAGCUCAGCUGACGACAACGAGCUCUCCCAAGAUUGUAGAGGAAAACAAAAAAUCAAGAAAGAUUAAGAAACAGGUGUCUCAGGAAGUAUCGGAAGCUGCAACGCCAAGGGCGAACAAUAAGGCAAGCAAACCAGAAAUUCCACCAAAGAAGAAAAAGAAAAAAUUGAAGAAAAAGAUAAAGAAACGACGGCCCGAAAACCCAGACGCAGAUGCAAAUACUGCAGAUGCAGAUGAUGAUGCUACCCCCAAAGUUAAGACGAAAAAGAAACGGGCGACAGGAACAAAACCCAAAAAGAAGCGCAAAAGUAAGGAGAAGAAACGAGGUAGCAAGUCGAAAAGGAAAAGUGACGGCGACAAGAUUGUGGAUGAUAUUACCACGGACGAAGAAGAUUUGGAUAUGGAUCAGAAAUAUGUUGCCCUUAAUGACCAACAUGACGUUGAUGAUACUGACAAGACACCAAAACGAAGAACCAAAAAAGGUCUUGUAUCAAUGGAUGGUGAAGGGAAGAGUAAGAGUCCGUCUUAUAUCAAAACUCAUUCAGAGCGAUUUUUUCGGCAUCCUUUGUUCCAGUCGAAUACUGUUGUUCCGACAAGCCCCGGAGUGACGGAACCCGUGGAUGGAGAUCUAAAUGGUUCUCCCUCUGCCUUUCCUAGGCGCUCUCUGGAACAGCGGGAGAACUCGAGGAGAUCUGGGCGGUCGCUGCCGGUGGUACCGGACACAGAUCCCAACGCAGCAAAGCGACGCACACUGCCUCGUUUUAUGAGUUCGCGAAAUGUGACCCCUUCACCAGGGAAAUCGCCAGGGAAGCUUCAGAAGAAAAUGUUUUCCAACCCAUCGCUUGGUAUAUAUGUCUCUGCCCCUACUCCUCCUGCAACCCCUCCUACUGUCAAAACGAAGUCCAUGUCCCAAGCGCCCUUAACGGCUCCGGCAGCUGGGAAACGACGUUCGAUGUCUCGGUUUAUGCAUGCUGUUGGACGCGACAGUGAUAAACCUGAAUCGCAAACGAGCAGGAACUCCAAUAAAUCGCCCAAACGAAAUUCAAAGCAACGAAAAGAAGAAGUGGACACUGGGGAUGAAACGGAUCAUGCUGUGAUGGAUACCGACCGUUCCACAAGGAGACACCGGGGCAGUAGCUUGGGUCGCCUUUUCAACGGCCGAGGAAGAGCAGAGUCGCCAACACGCACCCACGCUAACAAGAAAGCCUUGCGGGAUUCAAAACAAGAGAAAGAAGAAUUGAAUCACACGGAUCAUGCUGUGGCAGAUACCGAACGUUCCACAAGGAACAAACGGAGCGGCAGCCUGGGUAGUAUUUUCAACAGCAGCCGAACAACAGAUUCGCCAUCAAGCAUUUAUUCCAGUAAGAGAUCAAUACGAGGUAGGAAGUCAAAACAAGAGAAAGAAUUGAAUGAGACAGAUCAUGCUGUUGCAGAUACCGACCGUUCCACAAGGAAACAACGAAGCGGCAGCCUGGGUCGCCUUUUCAUCGGACGUGGCUCCGGGCAUUCGCUUUCGUCAAGUAUGCACAUGCCGCCAGCGGCUCGAGAUGUCAGAGAUGUUUCCUCUCCUUCGGACACUCCAAGAAAUUUUUCUGAGGCACCAGCAACGGAUCGUUCGACUCGGAGCCAACACAGCAUCGGUCGUCUUUUCAAUAAUGGCCGUUCACAUUCGCCGUCAAGUUUUAAGGUUCGGAAACCCCAGUCGUCGUCAACUCUUGACGAUGUCGACGAGAUCUCUUCUCCAUCAGCAGCUGAUGUCCAAAAACAGUCGGUCGGCCAUGGAAUACCACAAACGGAUCCCAAUGCUGGGGCGCGACGUAGCCUAGGUCGUCUUUUCAAAGCCGGUGGGGAGGCUCCUUCCUCCCCACAAUCGAUGUAUAACAGGAGAUCCAUGCGGUCAAUGCGAACCAUGCGGACUUCCGGUCAUUCGACGAAUCCUCAAAGGUCCACAAGUGUUCGUACGGAAAGGACUACAAGUAUUCGUGGUGAUGAACCUUCGCCUACGGGUCUGCAGCUUAGGAAACGCCAUGCCCGCAAUUCUGGUGGAUCAAUGCGCUCCAGAAGAACUUUGGGAGGAGAAGUACCAACAACGGAUGCCCGCAAUUCUGGUGGAUCAAUGCGCUCUAGACGAACUUUGGGAGGAGAAGUACCAACAACCGACUCUGCACCUGCAACGCGACAGGCUUUCCCAAGCUAUUCCAAUAUCCGUGGUAGAUCAGUCUCUCCAUCGAGCAUGCGUUCUUCUAAGCAGUACGAACAGCCAGAGGGAUCGCCCGGUCCUCGUCUAGUAAAAGGUCGCAAAGCCAGCCGACCGUCAUUUGUCCCCAAGACUGCUCCAGUCGGUCCGAAGAGUCGCGUUUCGAUGACUUCUCAUACGCAAUCAUCACAAUAUAGCGGGGGUUCCUUUCCAAUGGUGCCCGACCUUUCUGGAAGUGGUGAUGAAAUGGAAGAUAGAGAAGUGUUAGACUCGUCAUCAAGACGGAGCUCGCGCCAUUCAUCGAGAUAUGUAUACAUGGAUUCAUCAGGGCAUCUAAAUUCGAUGGACCCUCAUUCUACAGCAGACGAUCAGCUGGAUCUUGAUCGUACUACCGCCCAUUCAAAUGAUGAGAAAGGAGGUCGCAAAGCGAGACGAGGGGGCAGGAAAAAUACGCUUUCGCCCUCCCCGAGACAACGCCUGAAGAAGAACAAAGGUGCAGAUGAGGAUGCAGCAAAAAGUCUAGCACGUGCCAAAGAGCGACGGGAGCAACUUUUGUCAAAGGAGAAAGAUGAAUCGAGUGAAAGUGCGAAUGGUGUUGGUCGAGCUCCAAGGAAGAAGAAGUCUCUUGUGAAAACGAAUAAGUCAAGCCGCAACAAGAAAGCUGAUAUGUAUAGAGAUGAAAAAGAGGGAGGAACAGAACCAACCGAGCAAGAUGCGCCGAAAGCUAGUGCAAGAUCAAGUGGAAGUAGUCGUGGCAUUCGAAGCAUUAGCAACUUGGUGACUCGAAUGCGGCGCAAUAAAGCCCAGGAAACAAUUGAUUGUUGA